AUGAGCCAGCCCACCCCGGCCACCACAGAGCCACCUGGCCAGCCUGGACAGAGGAACCUUGCCUUCGAGGCUGUGGACAUCAUUGUCGUCGUCAUCUAUUUUGUCUUCGUCCUUGCCGUUGGGAUAUGGUCAUCCAUACGGGCAAGUCGGGGGACAGUUGGAGGGUAUUUCCUGGCUGGACGGUCCAUGACAUGGUUGCCAAUUGGAGCCUCCCUGAUGUCAAGCAACGUGGGCAGUGGCUUGUUCAUCGGCCUUGCCGGCACAGGAGCAGCUGGGGGCCUCGCCGUCGGGGGCUUUGAGUGGAAUGCUACCUGGGCGCUGCUGGCCCUCGGCUGGAUUUUUGUGCCUGUUUACAUUGCUGCAGGAGUUGUCACAAUGCCCGAGUACCUGAAGAAGAGAUUUGGAGGACAGAGGAUUCAAAUCUACAUGUCCGUACUGUCCCUCAUUCUCUAUAUAUUCACCAAGAUAUCGACAGAUAUUUUCUCUGGAGCGCUGUUCAUCCAAGUCUCCCUGGGCUGGAACCUUUACCUGUCCACCGUGAUCUUGCUAGCAGUGACAGCUGUCUACACUAUAGCUGGUGGUUUAACCGCUGUGAUGUACACAGAUGUGCUGCAGACUGUGAUCAUGGUACUCGGGGCUUCGGUUCUCGCCUUUAUAGGGUUUGAAAAAGUCGGCUGGUUUGAAGGACUUAAAGAGAAAUACAGCACCAUGAUACCCAGUGUCAUAGUCCCAAACACCACCUGUCACCUCCCACGCGCUGACGCCUUCCACAUGCUCAGGAACCCUGUCACUGGGGACAUUCCUUGGCCUGGGCUUAUCUUCGGCCUCUCUGUGCUGGCUACUUGGUGUUGGUGCACUGAUCAGGUUAUAGUGCAAAGGUCUCUCUCUGCCAAGAACCUCUCCCAUGCCAAGGGUGGAUCGGUGCUGGCGGGUUAUUUGAAAAUGCUCUCUAUGUUUUUCAUUGUCAUGCCUGGUAUGAUCAGCAGAGCUCUUUACCCAGAUGAAGUGGGAUGUGUGGACCCGAAAGUCUGCGAAACCGUCUGCGGAGCUAAAGUGGGUUGUUCUAACAUUGCCUAUCCUAAGCUUGUAAUGGGACUCAUGCCUGUAGGACUCCGGGGUUUGAUGAUAGCUGUGAUGUUGGCAGCCCUGAUGAGUUCCCUCACCUCGAUCUUCAACAGCAGCAGCACGCUCUUUGCGAUAGAUAUCUGGCAGCGGCUCCGCAAGAAAGCCACAGAGCAGGAGCUCAUGAUUGUUGGCAGAGUGUUUGUUCUCAUCCUCAUUGCCAUCAGUAUUCUCUGGAUUCCCAUCAUUCAGAUGUCCAACAGCGGUCAGCUCUUUGACUACAUUCAGUCCAUAACCAGUUAUCUGGCCCCACCAAUUACUGCCCUCUUCAUCCUGGCAAUCUUCUGCAAGAGGAUCAAUGAGUCCGGUGCUUUCUGGGGCCUCAUGUUCGGGCUGGUAGUAGGUGGCAUUCGAAUGAUCAUGGAGUUUUCCUAUGGUGUGCCAUCCUGCGGCGAGGAGGACCCAAGACCAGCUGUGCUAAAGGAUGUGCACUACCUGUACUUUGCCCUCAUUCUCUGCGUGCUCACGGGCAUCGUCAUUACCCUAAUUAGUCUCUGCACCCCACCAAUCCCAGAGGAAAAGCUGGCUAGCCUGACGUGGUGGACUAGACACAGCAAAGCUCCCACAAUUGACCUGGUGAGCUACAAGAGCGAGUCGGCGGAGGUAAAUCCUUCAGUGGGCGAGAGUGAUGGGGAUGAGCCGACCUGGGAGAACACGGAUUCAGGGAGCAAAGAACAUGGAGCAGCGAGCCCUCCUUGCUGGAAGAAGUUAUACUUCUGGUUCUGCGGGAUCUCCAGCAGCCCAGGACCCACACUGACCAAGGAAGAGAAAGCAGUCCUGGAAAGGAAACUCACCAGCAUUGUGGAAAAGCCCCUAUCAAAGACUCUUUGCAACAUUAAUGCUAUAAUCCUGCUAGCUAUUAACGUCUUUCUGUGGGGUUACUUUGGCUGA